UCAAACCAGAGAUCAUCAGGCAACAGCCAUCAGCAGAAGCUGCAGUUCCACACACGUUGAACAGCCUGCCUGGACAUGGAGAAGGAACCCAAUAAGGGAUGAUUUGUGCUUGUUCUCCCUUCCCUUCCUGCGAGCUGUGGCAGAAAAUGUCACUUACUUUCUCAUUUUGGUUUCUGCUGGCUGAUUGAAAGGAGUCUACCCACAGAAGGGCUUCUGCACUGCUGGAGACCACAUCUAGCUCACCCAGCCCCCUAGACAACGUGCUCAAUGCUUUGAGACUGGAAGGAUCUUGCUCUGCAAUGAAGAUGGAGGCAGCAGGAAAAGCAGAAGAACUUGUUGAUUCAGAAAUUCCACCAAAGAUUUCUGAAAAGCAAGAGACUACUCCUGAUGAAGUCAGGCCUAUAGAACUCGAGACACAACCUCAAAAGGACAGCGUGCCCACUGGAGCAGACUCUGCAGUGCUCUCUUCCAUGCCUUGUUUGCUGAUGGAACUGAGGCGGGACUCCUCGGAGUCUCAGCUGGCAUCUACAGAGAGUGAUAAGCCAGCGGGUGGCCGAGUUUAUGAGAGUGACUCUUCUAAUCACUGCAUGCUUUCCCCUUCCUCCAGUGGGCAUUUGGCUGACUCAGACACGUUGUCUUCCGCAGAGGAGAAUGAGCCCUGCCAAGCCGAAGCCGCCUCAGAGGGAGACCCUUCUGCGGUGUCUGGAGCUGCAGUUGGGAGGAAAUCCAGGAGAUCCAGGUCCGAAAGUGAGACUUCAACAAUGGCUGCCAAGAAAAACCGACAGUCUAGCGAUAAGCAGAACGGCCGAGUUACCAAGGUAAAGGGUCACCGGAGCCAAAAGCACAAAGAGAGGAUCCGGCUCUUGAGACAGAAGCGGGAGGCAGCUGCUCGCAAGAAGUACAACCUGCUGCAGGACAGCAGUACCAGCGACAGUGACCUGACUUGUGACUCCAGCACGAGCUCGUCAGACGACGACGAAGAGGUUUCAGGGAGCAGCAAGACAAUCACUGCAGAGAUACCAGCUGGCUUCAGUCGUGCUGGGGGAUCUGGAGGAGCGACCAGGGAAAUUCCAGGAUUGCUUGACAGGGGCACCGUGUGGGAUAGGAACUGCAUAGGCAAUGUCCUGGAAGAGGCCAUGAACUGCUUUGCCGAGAUGCAGAGGCAGACAGAGGAGAAAUUCCGCAUGUGGAUAGAAAAGCUAACCCGUCUUGACACGGACGAAGAAAGCAAGCAACAACUGGAGCCCAGGGAACCUAAAAUCCAACUAGUUGGCCAAAGAAUCCCCCCUACCACACAGUCAGGGGCUUUUGUGCAGAUGCCUGAUAGCCAAGUACUUCCUCAGCAGCCGUUUAAUUCGUACGUGGGCUAUCAAAAUGACGAUGCCGCACUAGAGUUUCCAGCAACUUUUAAUAACAAUUUUCCUCCUGUCUUUCCAGAGAAUGGGAAUAUGGCAGAGCCUGAUCUGAAUCAGUCAUAAACUUUAAAAAAAAAAAAGAUUAAAAAAAAUAUAAAUAAAUCUGAUCUUUGCAAUCUUGAUGUUAUUUUGGAUUCUGCUAAAAUCAAGGUUUGCUUUUCUCUUUGUAUGUGUUUGUUUUGUUCUCUCU